AUGGCAGGGGGAAGAAGUUCUGGUAGUGGUGGAAACGAUUUGAAUGAAGUAGUAAGGCAAUUGGCAGCAGUUGCCCAACAAUUGGCAAGAAACUCAACUGGUAAUGGGGAUGCUCAAGGAGUGCUCUUUAAUAAGGUGUCACAAAGUAAGCCACCAACAUAUCAAGGCGAGCCUUACCCUAUUAUAUUGGAAAACUGGUUGAGGGAAUUUGAGAAACUAUUUGGAGCUGUGGGAUGCCCUGAAAACUCAAAAGUGAGUUGUGCUACUUAUUACCUGAGGGGUGAAGCUGACCUUUGGUGGCAACAAAACGAGACUACCAUUAGAGCACUACCUGGGUUCAACUUCAUCUGGACCAAAUUCCAAGAGAAAGUGAGAGACAAGUUUUAUCCUAGCUUUUUGCAGAAGCAGAAAGCUGAGGAAUUCUCAAACCUUAGGAUGGACAGGAUGUCAGUUACGGAAUACUACACCAAGUUUAUUGAAUUGUCCCGUUUUGCUGAAGGGUCUGUCUCUACGGAGAAAGCAAAAGCUAGGAAGUUUGAGAGUGGUUUAACUACUGAUUUGCAGUUAAAGCUGUGCGGGUAG